AUGCCAGAGUUACGCCGAUCCACCCGAGUUGCUUCCAGAACGAAGGAAGAAAAUCUGGCUCCUGCAGCUAAGGCCACAGUUGAACCACCGUUGAAGAAGAAGAAGAGCGAAGGAAAGCCAGCUACUCCGAAGAAAGUUGAUGCUGUUGUUGCUGCCAGUACUGCUGCUGAUGCUGAUGAUGCUGUUGCUACGGUAAGUGAACCGAAAAAGGAAAAAACCGCCAAAAUCGAAGAACUUGAGAUUGGUGACAAGAUCCCAGACUGGUUCUUCGUGGACCAAGACGAGAAGGAAAUUCAUCUUGCUAAGCUCGAUAAGCCAAUCGUAGUGAUCUUCUCUUACCCUAAGGCUUCUACUCCAGGCUGCACCAGACAAGCCUGUGGCUUCAGAGACAACUACAAUGGGUUGAAGUCCAAGGCUGUUGUCUUGGGGUUGUCUGCUGAUAGCCCCAAGGCACAGAAGCUGUUUGCUACUAAACAUGGAUUUCAAUAUAGCUUGUUGUCCGACCCUUCGAAAAAGCUAUUGCAAGCUUUGGGAGGCUUAAAGGCAGAAAGGAAGAUUAUUAGAUCGCAUUGGAUUUUCGUCGACAAUGUCUUGAAAGUCAAGGCAAUUGGUGUUAGUCCAGAGGUCAGUUACACCACUGCCAAGGAGUCCGUUGAAAAGUUUGCUUCUGCCUAG